AUGUCUGGCUUUGAUUAUUCAAAGUGGGACCGGCUGGAAAUCAGUGACGAUGAGACCACGUUCCAUCCGAACUUAGACACCGGCCUGAACAUCCGCGUGAACAGAAUAACGAGAGAUAGGAAGGAAGAGGAGAUUGAGAGCGAGAAGAAGAAACUGAUGGAAAAGGGCGAGAAAGAAAAGGCAGAGAAGUUGGAGUCAAAACGGCCUCUGCACGUUAACAACGUCUGCCACGUGGCCGAGGAGCGAACCAUCAUCCAGUCCAGCGACGGGUCUAGAAAAGACAAGCUGAAGAAGGGCGAGGAGUCCUUCAGCGUUGAUGACUACAGCCUCUUCAAAACGGACAACAAGGCCAUUCUGGACAAGUUUGCCAACGCCGAUUGGGAGACGUCCGAAGGUCUCUGCAAAGAGUAUGGGCAGAUCCUCAUGGAUGACUAUGCCAAUAGUUACUUCAUGCUGGCUGCAUUGGAUGCCGAGAUGCGCGGCGACAGGAAAGAGAUGGAGAAGUUGGCGAGACAGGGACAGAUCAUCUCGCAGAUCCAUCAGCUUGCUGAGCCCAUGCGGCGGCCAGCGCGAGAUCUGGUGCCGCGAUUCUUUGAGAAGUUCCGCAACGACGCCUCCAGAGCAGCGUUUCAGGAGGGCGUGGAUCACUUCAAAAAGCAUCUGAUCCAGAGAGCCAUUGUCAAAAAGCAGGAGGAGGCCGAGGAAGCGAAAAAAGCGCCUCCAGCAGAAGUGGCCGAAGAGGACAUGGAGCCCGUGUCGCUCGUGGAGGCCAUGUACAGCAUGACGCCGGAGGAGCGGAUGGGGCCUGGAGGCCUUGAUCCCAUAGAGGUCUUCGAAAGCCUGCCAGAAACUUUGCAGGAGUGCUUCAAGACCGGAGAUGUGGAGAUGCUCAAGCAGGUGGCACAGAACAUGGAGCCCAAGGACUUCGAGCACCAUUUUCAGCGCUGCAUUGAUGCAGGUCUGUGGAGCCGAGGGUGA